AUGUCUUCGUCUGACAACAGUUCAGGCAAUAAUGAUGAUUCGUUUGUCGAUUCAGAAAUAUCUAUUCCACGUUCAAUUCGUUUUUGGAUUAUGCUUUUAUUCAACAUUCCAUCAAUAAUUUGUAGUUUUUGUGUCAUUAUUCAUAUUAUUCUUGAUCGAACUCAACGAUAUGCGUUGCAUAAUCAUGCUAUUCUUCUUAUAUUAAUCUUAGCUUUACCUAUUCAAUUGAUGGAUAUUAAUUUUUAUCUUGUAUUCUAUCAUUAUGGUUCUAUUCUACCAUUGAAACCGAUUAUGUGUCUUUUAUGGUGGUUCGCUGAUUAUGGUUGUUAUAGUGGAUGCAUUAUUCUGAUGGCAUGGUUAGCCAUCGAACGACAUAUUUUGAUAUUUCACGAUCGAUGGGUUUCCAAUCGAAGAGGGAGAUUUCUUUUUCAUUAUUUGCCUUCGAUUAGUAUUGUGGUGUACAUCCUUCUCUACUAUGUUAUUUCUAUUUUCUUUGUACCUUGUGAAAAUAAUUAUGUUUAUACGUUGCCAGUGUGUGGUACUUCUCCAUGUCAUCAAUCGGAUGGUGUUCUUGGCAUUUGGGACUUUAUUGUUAAUACUACUACGCCAACUCUUUUAGAGAGCAUUGCUAGUAUUGGUCUUGUUUUACGUGUUCAAUGGCAAAAAAGACGACUUCGUCAGUCUAAUCAAUGGCGUAAACAACGGCGAAUGAUUAUUCAAUUGUUCUUGGUUUCAGGCCUAAAUCUUGGUCUAAAUCUUCCACUAUUUAUAUUAGUUUUUGCACAUUUCUCGGGUCUACCACCGGACUAUGGUGCCCAACCUCAACUUUAUUUCUUUUUUUUUGGUUAUUUCAUUUUUUUUCUCUUUCCAUUCGCAUCUUUAUCUCAAUUUCCGAAUUUGCGUAAAAAGCUCACAAGGAAAAUAGUUGGUAUACCAUCAAGACAACAACAUCAUACAGCUACUAUUGUACCUGCAACGAGAGCUAUACCAAUAAAUAGAUUGACUUGA